UUUUUCUCUGCAUUUUUCUGGCUCACUUUCUUGUAACAGAGCGUAGAAUUCACAAUACCCACACACGGCCCUCGGGUCUUAAGUCUCGACUCCUCUUAUAGAGACCUUACCCUGCGCUUUCUGUUCCUUCUUUCCUCAACAUGCAGAGACAAGCAAUGGCCGUCACUUCCAGGGCAACGAGAACGACGGGGACGACACCACCGUCAGAGCUUCAGAUCCCCAAGAGAUGGAAGGACAGAGAGACCAGCCCGGAGAGAACCAAAGUCUGGACCGAACCCUCCAAGCCCAGCAAGGGUAGCGCCGACAGAAGAGUCCCCGUCGUGUACUAUCUCUCCAGGAACGGCCAGCUCGAGCAACCCCACUUCAUGGAAGUUCCUCUCUCUUCCCCUGAAGGACUCUUUCUCUCUGAUGUGAUCAACCGCUUGAACCUCCUCCGUGGCAAAGGCAUGGCCGCCAUGUAUUCCUGGUCUUCCAAACGGAGCUACAAGAACGGUUUCGUGUGGCACGAUCUGGCUGAGAACGAUUUCAUCUACCCAUCGCACGGCAACGAGUACGUGCUCAAGGGAUCGGAGCUCCUCGAAUCGCCUUCUCCGUCGUCGUCUUCUUCGACCGCGAGGCCUCUCGAGUCGGUGUCGUUCCGCUCCCCGAAGCCGAUCAACACGCCGAAAUCGAGCGACGAGUCGGACUUCCCGGUCGUCGCUCGUCGGAGGAACCAGUCGUGGAGCUCGAUCGACCUCCACGAGUACAAGGUCUACAAGGCCGACUCCAACAGCGAGUCGACGCCGAAAGCGGCGGCGGACGCGUCGACUCAGACGGACGACAAGAGGAGGCGAAGGCGACACGUCAAGGAGAGGGAGAGCGAGAUUCUGGAGCUCCACGGAGAUGGAGCCGACGAGGCGGGUCACGGUCAAAGUCAAAAUCCAGGUCAAAAUCAGACGACGGAGCUGAGCAGGGACGAGAUCUCACCGCCACCGUCCGAUUCGAGCCCCGAGACGCUGGAGACCCUGAUGAAGGCCGAUGGACGGCUGAUAUUAGGCCCGGGCGGAGGCAAAGAGGACGGACCGGAUCGGGCGGCGGAGAACCUCCCAAGUGGCAAGAUCAAGGCGCCGUCGGUGCUGAUGCAGCUGAUAUCGUGCGGCUCCCUCUCGUUCAAGGACUGCGGAGCGACGUACAUAAAAGAUCAAGGGCUGUCGCUGAUCGGGCACUACAAGACGAGAUUGCCCCGCGGAGGAGCAGCCGAUAACAGCCGCAAGCAGGCGGCGGGGGCCUCGGCGAGAAUCCCGGACUUGGCGGGGAUAAGAUUGGAAGAUAAGGAGUACUUCAGCGGCAGCGUGAUCGAGACCAAGACGAAAGAGGAGGCGGUCGGUCCGGCAUUGAAGAGAUCGUCUUCUUACAAUGCCGAUCGGUGAGGAGCCGAGGAGCUCUCGUGUUCAUAUUUACUGUUCUUUUUCUUAUUUCUUCUUCCUUAUCUUUCCGAGCAAACUCGAUUAGAAUUACAGCUUUAAUCACUUUGGUCAGGGCCCUCUUCGGCUUUUUGUCAUGUGUAUGUAGCUUCAGUUGUUUUUGUUAGUGUAAUCUUUAGGGUCGGUGUAACUCUUCGGAACUCUAUGAGUAACGCACGUUUACAGUGCUA